AUGGGGAAUAGGUUUCUCAACUAUUAUCUCGCCCCUACUCCCUUGGCAGAGCUCAUGGACGGCCAACAAUACCAGUUGACAGGAGCAGCCGUUCUUCGAAAACCCUCGGUCAUGUCAGCAUCUCAACACCAGCAACAGCAGCAGCAGCAGCAGCAGCAGCAGCAGCAGCAACAACCAGUGAUGAUACAGCAGCAGCAGGCACAGGUCAUGUCUCUGGGACAAGAGACCUUUGGCUUCGAGCCUCUCGAGAGUCAGGUCAUUCCAUCCGCCCUGCUAGAACAGCAGACGCGUGCUCCCGAGCCCUUUACUGGGUCCAGUUCACAGGCCCGUGGAGCUACAAUGCAGGAGGUUUUUAUUCAGGGCGUGGUCUCAGUCAGCCAAGUGGACCUCCUGACAGCACGUCUUCGUGGAUUGUGUCGUGAGCACACUGUCUUCCUAGACCAUGAGGAGGCCUUCUCAGUCCCCCUUGUCAACGCUCAGUCCACAAACCCAGUAGCCAGUGCUUCUGGCACCACCCCAUUCGUUCAUCUGCGUGCGCGUCGCAGCGUCCUUCCCAACGCCCGUGAACUCGGCCUCUGGCCGGUGCUACGUUAUCUCGGUGCUGUGGAAUCCGGCGAUAGGAUCUGUCGACGCAGCUAUCUAGAGGCCUGUGUGAAUGGGCCUCUGGUGGGGUUCCUCAAAUGCAUUGGCUUCAAGAAGGAUUUUGAAUUCCUCGCCGAAGGCGAAGUGUUCGUUCGAGGGCGUGCAAAGGUUCUUAUCUACGCUGUCUUUGAAGUUGUCUACCCUAGUAGUGGAGAAAUGCCAAUUCCGCCUCCCUCGAAGGGCCGCAAUGUGGCUCCCAACAGCCUGAUGGUGGAGGUGAGUGCCGUCGGCAGUCCCGCGGAUGACACACUUCAACGCGAGGUUGCGGAGUUGAUGGAGCUCCUUCAUCCCCUUGUCAUUCCUGGUCGUGUUGAUCACGCGCGUUUGGCCUGCCGUUGA